CAGUAACUGAGCUCAGUGUUAAGUGUACUACAAUGUCCCAGACCAUCUGCAUGGAAAACUUAAAGGCAUGCUGCAUACUGAUGGGUAUGAACGUGCGAGCGAGCUGAAACAGAUGGACACAAGCUCAACAACACACUGGAGACACACUGUAUUGCUGAAUGGGUGACAAACUCCCAGACACCUCACAUAACUUGUGAAGCCCCCCUCUCAUCACAUUGUAAAGGACAGGGUCCCCCAGCAGAGUGGCAGUGAUGUACCAGGAGGUGGCCUUUCUGGCAGGCAGCACUGAACACCAGUUCACCACCUUCCGCUUCAACCGUGUGGAAAACCCACAGGAGAUCACCUCCAAGAAGGGUUUGUUCUACAAGCGAGCCCAGCUCCUGCUCCAGCCUCAGCCCCGCCAGCAGGAUGGAGAUGAGAUUGGCCUGGCUGAUGGGGCAGCCAUCAUUAACGUCGGGGGAAUCAAGUACCGCAUCCCCUGGUCCACGCUGGAGGAGUUCCCCCUGACACGGUUGGGAAAGCUGCGCAGCUGCAGCAAUGAGGCCGAGAUUAUGGACGUGUGCGACGACUAUGACGGCAGCCGCAAUGAGUUCUUCUUUGAUCGAAGUCCAUCGGCCUUCCGCACAAUUGUUACUUUCUUAGCAGCGGGAAAGCUACGGCUGCUCAGGGAGAUGUGUGCCCUGUCCUUCCAGGAAGAGCUCCUGUACUGGGGAGUGGAGGAGAACAACCUGGACUGGUGCUGCCUCAGGAAGCUGAAGCUCAGGCAGGAGGAGUACAAAGAGCAGCAAAGGCUGGACGAGGAGGAUGCCGAGCUCACCUCACCGCAGUCCUGCGAGGAGAGCCAGCAGCCUCCUGGGGUGGGGGCACAGGAAGAGACCCAUACGGGGGGCUGCAUGCGAAGACUGAGGGACAUGGUGGAGAACCCCCACUCUGGCCUGCCAGGGAAGAUCUUUGCCUGUCUGUCAGUCCUAUUUGUAGCCAUUACUGCUGUGACGCUGUGUGUCAGCACCAUGCCAGACCUCAGAGAGGAGGAGGAGAGGGGUGAGUGCUCCCAGAGGUGCUAUAACAUCUUUGUUCUGGAGACGGUGUGUGUCGCCUGGUUCUCCCUGGAGUUCCUGCUGCGUUUCAUUCAGACGCAGAGCAAGUGUAUGUUUCUGCGUACGCCUCUAAACGUCAUUGACGUAGUGGCCAUCCUUCCCUACUAUAUCACGCUUAUUGUGGACUCUGUGUCAGUGGGAGGGAAAUCUGCAGGCUCAGGGAAUAACUACCUGGAGAAGGUGGGGUUGGUGCUCCGAGUCCUGCGAGCUCUACGGAUCUUUUACGUGAUGAGGCUGGCACGCCAUUCCUUAGGCUUGCAGACGCUUGGUCUGACUGUGAGGAGGUGUACACGUGAGUUCGGCCUGUUGCUGCUGUUUCUUUGCGUGGCCAUGGCCCUUUUCUCCCCACUGGUGUUCCUAGCUGAGAGCGAGAUGGGCGCUAAGCAGGAGUUCACUAGCAUCCCUGGUAGCUACUGGUGGGCUGUGAUCUCCAUGACCACAGUUGGCUACGGAGACAUGGUGCCCAGAAGCAUCCCUGGCCAAGUGGUGGCGCUCAGCAGCAUCCUUAGCGGCAUCCUCCUCAUGGCCUUCCCAGUCACGUCCAUCUUUCACACCUUCUCUCGCUCCUACUUGGAGCUGAAGGAAGAACAGAGCCGUGCCCUGAGGCAGAAGCUGGACUCACAGGACAGCACCAAGUCCCAGAACAGCGAAGACUCUCAGGAGACGGACAGUUACCAAGGCAUCACGGAGGCCGCAGCCUCAUCCAUUCACCGGAGGAAGUCCAUGGCUGUUCAGAGGGCUGCUGAGAUUAGGGCGUCCAUGCAAACUUAGCUGCUCUGUCUGCCUGUCUGUGUUCAAGCCGCUUCCUAGGAGGCCCUGACACUCAGCGCUGGGACUUCAAAGUUGACAAGCUGCAGGAUUGUGAGCAGGGGGGAGAUUUCUUCUUUGGAGCUUGAGGUCUCUGCUUUGAUGGUGUGAAGCAUUUGUGCACCAGAGUGUAUCCGAGUUUCUUACAUUUUAGAGAGGAGCUGCAGGGGUCUUUUUCCACAAAUCUUCACUUUAAAAGAUGGUUAACAGUACAAUAUUCACAAUUAAACAAAUGAAGUCAAACGACACUAAAAAAACGGACUGAGACAGUAGUUUUACUGACUGCGAUUCAGACUUGAGAUAAAACUGUGCAAAAGGGAAACCUGAUACCAAAACAUCACAUUUAGAUCUCAGUCUAAUCAUUAAUGUAAUUGUCUGAAAUAAAGCUGUCUGGUGAGAUGUCAGACGUAGUUUAUUACUGAUCUGCAGUAUCAUCUCCAUUCAUUAAGUAUUCUGUUUGGACAAAUUAAAUAACUUACUGGGCCUGGGGUUCUGUUAAGGUUCACACUUGUACAUGAUGACGUCAGCACAUUUAUUUGCAAUGAAGCUACGUUAAUUAAUCUGCAACAUAAUAACAUAAAAAUAAUUUAUCUGUCAAAGGUCCACACCGUUGGUUGGGAACUUUAGCUCACUGGUAAAUGACAAGAGGAUUGGUGCCACACUCGUGUGUCUCCAUCAUAGCUCUGUUUGGUGCAAAUGCUUUAUGAAUAAUAAGCUAUCUUGGGAUACAUGUUUAUUUACUCUAAAGGACUAGAUGAGAAGAUACUGUAGCUACCAGAUCUGAACAUGAAACAUAAGCUACAGUCAGGAGACAGUUAGCUUAGCUUAAACACUGGAAAAAUUAGUGACCUUUAAAGCCAGUAAGUGUUUCCCAAAAAUAUUUAACUAUUCCCAGUGAGUCAGCAGUCAUGGGCUACUAGCAUUAUUACAACAUGUAUAUAACCCUCUCAGUAAUCCAGAGUUUUGUGUGUGAAAUUUAAGUAUAUAUCAGUGAGUAAAGAAACAAAGAUCUUAAAGACAGAACUUUGUCUGGAUUGGGAGAAGGAAAGAGGUCAAAGUCGGUGACCGAUCAAGGCAAUUACAUCCAACAUCAGAGACCAUUUCUGAACAGAGAUUAGCCUUACAAUGGCCUUCUCUAUAAACAGUAUGUACAACUACCUUUCAUAACAUGAUGGACUUCUACAUUAGGUUAUUUGUUCAUCCUAAACUUUGGUCCAAAGUAAUUGCAGUGCAAAUUGUGAACUGGUUAUUCAUACUUCCAAAAGGAUUUCUCUGAUUGGUUGUCAUCUCCUGAACUUUUGUGUAGCACCAUGAUCAGGUCAAAAUUUGUACUGGCCAAAUCUCCAUAAGACUGUCUGUUCAUGAACAGGGUCCACUAAAGUUGAAUAUUAAAGAUUUUGUUGACAGCUUAAUAUGCAAAAACUGCAGUUUGUUGGAGUUUCUAUAUGAAACUGCAACUUUUUUCACCCAACACUUUAACUAAACAACCAUCCAAAGUUAUAAUUACUGCACUCAUUUUCUUUUUGGAUAAUCUCUGCCAUACUGGGGUACAAUAACCAAUGGACUGAAAAAGUGAAUCCUUUAAUGCAAAUGAAACCAAUCAGAGUGUAGGUGUUGUAAUUACAGUUUGAUUCUCUUCAAAGAGGUUGAGAAUGUUAUGCAUCCACAUUCAGGCAGUAGAAGCAACAGACUGCAAAUGCUGAAGUCUAAAGCCAUUUAAGAUACUGCAAAUAAUUUUCGCGAUCUUAGAGGAUUUUCUCAUAUAAUUGCAAAUACAACACUUUCUUUUUGUUGACUUGAGUGCCUUGUACUUUGAAGUGACACAUUAAAAAAACAUUUUCCCAAAUUGUUGUCAAGUUGGAACCCAUCAAAGCAGUGUAAGUGCUUGAGAGUGCAAAUUAGGUUCAGCAAACCUAAGGUAAAGUCUGCCAACUCUGAAUCGCAGUCACUGGAUUAACUGAAUCAUUAAAAAGCUUGGAAAUAUUACACAGUGCACUUAAAACUAUCAUAUCUACAAUAUUUAGGUUUUUAAGAAAUGAAAAUAUUAUUUCAAUGAGAAGUGGAUGGUGCAAUGAAAUUUCAUUUGAAUGGAAACUCUACUUAAAUGGAUUUGUGCUUUUGAAAAAUGUAAUAAAGAUUAUGAUGAACACAGCCCCAUGUGAAGAGGCUUUGAUUUAACAAUUUAUUAUACACUGGAACCUUCUUAAAUUAGCAAGUUGGUGCGUGCUGUACUUCUGCACUUAGAGCAUCCUAUGUUGGUUUGUCUGUGGAUUGGUUCAUGUUUUUUUCCCCACAUUAUUAUAAAUAAUAAAUGAGUUUUGUUUCCAGUAUUACUAUUGGUGCACUGUGAAUUUGAUAAAUACUGACAGUACUUCACUGAAAUGUUCAAGGAAGGAGUAAAAGGAGCCUUUUUCCUUUCAGUAGCACAAUCAUGCUAAGGGAAAAAACAGACUCUGAAAUGAAUUUCCCUUAUCGCCAUGGCCAUGUCAUUCUAGCUGUAAUCUCAUUACUUAGUCUUUGAAAGGUCAGCAGCAACCAAGGUGAGUUGAAAUAAUUUGAACUUUGAGUGCACCGCUCAGUGGCAAGUUCGGACGGAGUGCCACGCCAAGGUGGCAUUUGGCCAUGUUUAGCAUCAAUGCUCUCCCCAUAGGAAAACGAUGGGACAAUCAGCACAGUGUGAUGGGGACUUUACUAGUACUUGAGGUUUGCGAACUCCAGGUAAACCCUGAAAUAUUUAGCCGUAGGUCUGUGUCCAUGUCAGAGAUUUAGCGUAGUGAAGCCUAUGAUGAAACUGUGUAAAUGCGCUUUGACCUUUUGAGGUGACUCCCUGAAAUCUUCUUUUGACCAUGUGAACAUUUUGAGCAGAAGUCCCUUGUGUUCAGUAAAACUAUUAUGGAAACAGUUUUGUCAUCUUAGGAUUUAGGUGACAUCAAACAUUCAUCAGCACAUAAUUUUUCCUAAUUUUAUAUGAUAUGCAGGCUAAUAUAA